UUCUCUCGAGGACGAACACCUUUGAAGUAUCGCGAGUUUUUCCACGCCGAAUUUCCACUGCCGAUGGGCAACCAAGUAGCCAAAAAUCACACUGCCUGCGAACAACGGACGCUUGUGCUGCCUUUGUACAUAAACAGGACAGAUACCCAAAAGAAGACCAAAAGAAAAUGGCGAGAAGAAGAAGCAGAUGAUUGAAUAGCUUCAAAAACUUUUUUAUUUUGGUAUUAUUUAUACUAAGAGAUGAAUAAUGCCUUGAAGAUCAGCACUAGCCACAUUCAUCAUCUCCAGGUCGUAUCUUUGGGGAAUAGGGCUGCCCAUAUUCAUUCUACUGCUGUUCUGGAGAGGAGGAGGAGAACCCAAUGGGAUUCAAGAUGCAACAAUUAUUCCAAAAGAUUCAGAAAGAUGGAAGCAAAAAGGACACUGCUGAGGAAUGUUAGUGCAUAUGCAGAGUAUCUUUUUCAGGGAAUGUGUGGUUCAAGCAGGCACGAUGAGGACAAAUCUACACAAAGGCAAUUGCACAUUUUAAUUUUUGGGGCCUUAUGCUAUGCUGAGCUACUCAUGACUUCGAGCUGGAACACUACUGACGAUCCACGUGACUAUUCAAGAAGUGGGACAACUUCUUCAUGGUAUAAAAGGGCUUUUAUUGGUGGUGCCAACAAGGCAAAAUGGAGUCGUGGUCCAGAGGAAUCUCCAUGGGAAAGUUAUAGAAGGAACAAGAAAGGUGGAUUUCAAUUUUGUUCGGAUGAAGAUGAGGAAGUGGAGAAUAUAUUUCGAUAUGCAUUUUCUGGGAACCGGUGCUUCUAUUGGUCCUUCACUAGAGAAGAAGGCUCCAACGAAAGCUCGCAUUGGAGAAACUUUUCUGACCAUUACCAUAGAAGGAGUUGGAAUUGGAGGUAUGGAGCACAUGAUUCUAAUGAGUCUUAUGCAGAGGGUAAUUUCACCAGAUCAGAUUCAGUUUCUGAUCGACUAAUUCUUGGCUUGAAUGCUUCUGGUCCUCUCAAACUUGAAGAUGUUAAGAGUGCGUAUAGAUCUUGUGCCUUAAGGUGGCAUCCAGACCGUCAUCAAGGUUCUUCAAAGGCUGUUGCAGAGGAAAAAUUUAAGGAUUGCAGUGCAGCAUACAAAUCACUCUGUGAAAAGCUGGCAAUGGCUUAACCUUCUAGUCUUGCAGGCAUCCAGUUUGUGGAUUCUACCGAAGGUAUAUCUUCGCAUAAGUGGCGGCUUAGUGGACACCAUUUCUCUAAGUAAUCUUCCCUUUUCUUUUGGGCCCUCUUAGGUAGUCCGUUCCUUAGAGGUUUGUAAUCUUCCCUUUUUUCCGGAUGGUUGUAAUCUUAUACUGAAUGUUACCUGUAGAAAAUAAUUUGAGCCAUAGAAGAUUAAAAAAACACGUAUUUAACUUUCUUCCUCCA